AUGUAUAAGAGCGGUGAAAACGCACCAGUUCAAUUAACUUUUGCCUCCAAGAAGCCCUGGGGUGAGGGGAUGAUUCGGCUACCUGGGACAUAUAUUAUUAAAAGGCGCGUUAGAGGCACAGCGUUUUCGGACAGCUAUCUAGAUCGGAAUCCUUGCCAGUCAACAGAUCAACAGAGGACACUCUGGAACUGGACCCUCAACCCAAUACAAGCCUUGAUGCUCCUUUUUUUCUUCUUCCCCUUUGCCCUUUUUCAACACCUGAUUGGCCUCCGUCAUACGCAACACAGGCAGAAGUGGUUGGAUGUGUGCCCGAAUGGGCCGAAGGCGAGCGAGGAACGGCCGCUACAAUCUUCAACAGUGGGAAAACAUGUGGCUCCUGCUGCUGAAACCCACCAGGCCACAUAUUGGUGUAUCUUAUCUCUCGCCCCUCCCCCUCCUCUCCCCACAGAACUGCUCACUAAGUCAGCGACUAUACAUGAAGCUAGGAGAUGGCCAACGCAUCCUUCUCAAGGCAUGACAAUCCUGGUCAGUAAGAUAUACGAGACAUUGAGCACCAGUGGUAUCCGCAUGCAGGCCUUGGGCUCCUUCGACUCUGGUCCAGCCGCCGCCCGUUUCUUCUUGUUGUUCAGCAGCGAGAGAGAAAAAAAAGCGCGAGAUAAAUGGCACCAAAAAGCAAUGAGAGCAAGGAAAAAGAAAAGAAAGAGAAGAGAAAAAGUCUGA